UCACCGGAAAUGUAAUGCUGCGGAAAGCGGAAGUGCUGGCGGGGAGCAGGUGAGAUCGGUGUGGUGAGGGUCCUGCGGCUUCUUCCAUGCGAGCCCGGCGGGGUCCUUUGCAAAACGGGACCUCCAGGCGUCCCUCAAAGAAGCCGAGGUGUGAAAGGAAACAGGGGCCCAGGCAGAAGGCAGGAUCCCAGGUGGGGCCAGCUGAUGAAGCCCCCUUGGGAGCAUCCGCCCUGGACCUGGAGGUGAGACUGCAGAGCGGAGAGAAGGGGCCUUCAGAAGACCCCCAAGAUGUAGCUGAUGAGAACAGGGAGCCCAGGAGGGCUGAGGAAGGGGAAGGGGAGGACCAGGACGAAGGAGAAGAGACCGACAUGGGUAGCACGUCCACCUCUGUGCAGAUGGAGCCGGAGGAGGUGUCCAGUCAAAUCGGCGAGCUGGACAACAGCGUCUUCUUGAAUGAGGACAGCAACCAGCCGCUGCCCAUGGACCGGUUCUUCGGAAGCAUGGCGUUCACACAGGACCUCCCACCGGCCUCCUUCUCGCGGACCAACACCAGCAGGCGGGAGUUCCGAAGAAUGCAUUUUAUUGCCAAAGAGGAGGAGGAGGAGGAUGAGGAGAGUGGAGAAGAGGUAGCCUGAAGGCCAGAGAGAAUCAGUCACAGGCGAAUUGUACCUUUUCCAGAUGCAGCCAAGACUAACAAUGUUCCUCGCCACCGUAGCAUCUUCUAGAGUGUGUGUUCUUCGGAAAGAACCAUCGCCGUGACGGUGAUGGACGUUGAGCCACUCCAAGCUCCCUGUUUCUGGCGAAGCCCGUGGGUCACAGCGCCCACUACGGCCAUCCCCACCAACAAGAGCCUUGGACUUGAGGAAGCGACAACCAGCCACCCAGAAGUGGUGGGUGCUCUAUCACUGGAGGUCUUCAAAGAGAUUGGACAGCCACUUGACCAGGAUGGAAUAAGGACUCCUGCUUGAGCAGGGGGUUGGAUUAGAUGACCUCAGAGGUCCCGUCCAACUGUUAUUCUGUAUGCUUCUUUCUCCAGGCACAUUGUUUCUUUCUUUAUCCAAAAGCUCAUUUUUUUAACCAUAUUCUGAGUUCAUUCAGAGCUGUUUUGAAAUUUGUAAAACCUGCCUAAGCUGUGGACUGCACAUUAAAAACUAGUUUAUUAUGUUCUAUGAACACAGAUGUUGGAGGUUUU